AUGGAUAACGACGAUACGAACUCCAAGGUCCCUCUCCUUGAGGACAUUGAGACUCCCCUCGAGGUCUCCGCAGAGUCCGUCUACCCAGUCAAGAACAAGAACAAGGAAUGCCGCUGGAAGAACUGGAAGAAUUGCAAACAUGGCAAAUGCAAGAAGGCACGCUGUGUCAAGAAGUGCCUCAAGGUCAUCUGCAAGGUAGCCUUGGUCGGAUUCCUCCUCUUUGGCGCCGUUGCUUCCAUUGCUGGAUACCGCUGGUACCGCUUUGUCUCCCAUCAAGUCCAACAGUGGACUGUAACGGAACCCAAUGCACUCCCCGUGCAAGAUGUUCCAUUGGAAGAGUUGGCCUUGCUUGAGGAUAGCGCUCGCUUCUUUUGGGAUUCAAUCCAAUAUGGAAAGGUACCCGAGGACUUUGUUCUCACAGCAAAAGAUCUCAAUGGCUUCUUUGCGUCUGAAGAACGUCUUCGUGGAAAUGCCUUUGCGGAAAUGAAGGCAAACGAAUACCAAGUGUCUCUCAGCAUUCCCACGGAUGGUUUGCCAGGUGGUAAGGGACGAUACUUUGUCGCUACCAAGACCCUCAAUUGGGACCCCGAGAACCAAGAGUUGAAGGUCAAGAUCCAACCUAUGGACGAGUCCAUGGGUACCAUGGCCGAAGCUGUAUUGAAGCUCACCACCAUGGAAGAUGGCAAGACUCUAAACUUGCAAGUUCUUUCUGGUCAAGGACUUGGCCACAUUAUUCCUCAAAAAUUCAUUGAUGAGCAAUACAACCUUUUGGAGGACUUGUACAACUGCGACUGUCAUGAUCAUGAAUGCAAGCAAGCUCGCAAGUUCUUGGAAGGAUUGGCCGGAGUUGCCAUGGAGGACGGUCAGGUUGUUGUCCAUGCGGAUCCUGAACCCAAGGAAGCCACCUACUACAAGGAACAUGAAGGACACAGCUGGCAUCAUGGACACCACGGGCAUCGUCAUCAUGGCAAACAUGGAAAGCAUGGACAUCGCCAUGGAGAUCACCACCACGGAGGAGAUCAUGGCCACCACCACGGAGGACGCCGUCAUUUGCGUGCCAAGAUUGGUGGACACCGUCACUUGAAGGCUUUGCACAUGUUGCGCAAGCUCAUGGCCUAA